AUGACGACACGACCAUUCGCAUCGUCCCCGACGCGACCGUCGGCUAUCGGUCUAAUCGUCGCGCUUCUACUUAUUGCGGCAACACAAAUAUGUAGCGGAGCGUAUUAUGGCAAACUGAUCGGAAAACUAUCGGAACUUCAUCAUGGCGUGAGUGGCGAAGUCUAUGCCGUCGACGCGAGGACAUUAUUCAUCAAGGACUUCACUUACGAUGGUGAAGGUCCAGCUGCCUUCUUUUACGCCGGAAGCAGCAAGAGUCCGAACAACAAUGGAUUCCGGGUGCGAGACGAGCACGGAACUACGAACGUCCUUAAGCGCUACCGCAAGAAGGGCGUCACGCUGACCUUGCCGGACGGCAAGACCUUGAACAACAUUAAAUGGUUUUCGGUCUGGUGCGACGAAUUCUCGGUAAACUUCGGUGAUGUCAAAAUACCACGAGGCUUCGAUUAUCCGAAACCGCAAAAGUUAAAAGCGUUAAACGGUAUACACGGCGUCAGUUCGGAGCCCAUUGUCAUCGUAGACGCUCAGACCUUUCUGAUACCCAGUUUCAGCUACGAUGGAGAAGCCCCUGAUGCCAAGUUCUGGGUGGGUGCCGGUUCGUCGCCUACCUCGCAAGGUAUUCGAGUACCCGACGAGAACGGGAAAGAGCAGCCGUUACGUCGUUACGAUCGCAAAACGAUCGUCCUGACACUGCCGGCCGAUUUGACCAUCCAUCAACUCGGCCAUUUCGGCAUUUGGUGCGAAGCCUUCGCGGUGGACUUUGGUCACAUACAAAUUCCGCAGAAUCUGAACGUGCCGCCUUCUCUCAAAAUGCUGGGAGUCUCGCCGCAGUCGAAACUUAACUGCGAAGUUCUCGAGGACAGCUUAGCUUUCGAGGUGCGAUGGGCAUUGGCUGGAGAUAGCAUAGUUGUCCAGCUAGUAGGAAAACUCGAAGCUGGGCAAUACAUGGCCUUUGGAUUAUCCGCGAACAAGGAGAAGAGCAUGAUGAUAGGUGGCGACGUCGUCGUGGCCUGGGUCGACAAGGAAACGCUACAAGGAUGCGCCGUCGAUUAUUACUUAGAGGGGAAAUCUCAGUGCUCGGGACACCGCGGUAGCUGUCCAGAUAAGCGUAUUCGGGAGAAUGUCACAGAAUCGGUGCAACCGCUGAACGCUGCGAUAGUGAACGGCUACAGCAUCGUUACGUACCAGAGACCGUUGAGAGCGAGCGACGAAUUGGAUCUUCCGAUAUUGACGAAAGGAUCGCAAGCGAUAAUCUGGGCCAUCGGGCCGCUAAACGAGAGGCAAGAAGUCAGUUUUCAUGACAUCGCCUAUUUGAAGAACGAUCGAUUCAUCGAGUUCGGCAGACCGCCCGCGUGGAAUUGCCCCAUGCCUGAUCAGGAGCAAGCUUCGUCCUACGGUGAUGCUAACGAAACAGCAAAUAAUAAUCAGCAAUUGGCCGUUACUACGAGAAGACCGCAGCGCGUACCGGCGACUCCGGCGCCGGCGCCUACGAACGAUGCCUGGGAGAUACCAGCGAUACAGUGUUACGAGCCUGAAGACGGUAUUUUUUACGCACAGAUGGGACCUACCGGGGGAAAACACGGUUACCCCGCCAUCACCGGUCACGUCGGCUGGGGGAUCUCCUGGUACAUCAACGGACUGCUGAUACCAGAGAUUAAUGUGGUGCGGGGCAAGAAGUAUACUUUCGUCGUGGAAGGUGGCUUAGAUCCCGAGACGCCGGCGCGUUAUCACCCGUUCUAUAUCACGGCCGACCCAGUGGGCGGCUACCAACAUAAAACGCCCGAGGAGAAAGCGAAAGUGAAGAUAUUUGCCGGGGUGCGCCGACAACGCGGCACUGUUCGGCCUACGGGAACAGGGCGUCUUUGCAAUUGGGUGCCGGAUCAAAAUCAACCCCAUGCGGACGAGUUCGCGUCCUUCGGUGCUUAUCAGCGCACCUUGGUUCUUGAAUGCGAUCACGGCGAGCCUGGCAUCGUGGAAUGGGUUCCGGACGAGAGUACACCGGACACGGUGUAUUAUCAGUGCUUCACGCACCGCUACUUAGGCUGGAAGAUAAACGUCCACGACAGCUGUGACGCCGGCGAGGCGUCGGCGUCGAGCGAGAAGCACGAGGUGUACGUGGCGCCGAAGGGGCCGGGGAAGGAUCAGGACCUAGAUUACGGCGGCAGCGUGGCCGUAGCGAGCAAGAUCACCAACCACGACCACUGAGCCCAGGGUCGAAGUUACCUUACGUUGCGGCGGCCAGCGUGCAGCAGCAGCAGCUACCGUACACCCGAGCGCCGCAUCAUUA